AUGUUUCCGGAGAGCACGGUGGUCCCGGUGGCCGAGGCCGCAACGUUGUGUUGGCAGCACCCGGCGAUCCGCAAAACCAGGCCCGUGGCCUUGUACAUGGGCGACAUGCGGCUCGGCUCCGACUUUGCCCGCGUCUUGGACGACACCUCCUAUAGCGCUCGCACCGACGACAGCUGUGUGGCGUUCCGCGUGGAGGUCCAUGCCGCGGCAAGGGCCGACACGCACCUGCUGGAUAUGCACGAGUACCUAGUGGACUCGGACCUUUCCAUCGCCAAGGUGGACCAGGCAUCAGCCCACUUUGCGUGGGAGCAGGGGCCCGCGCCAGACGCCAAAACCACCGGCGCACCGCCCGCCACCGACACGCCGCCUGCCACCGGGGCGCCGCGCAAGGUGCCGGUGGCUCUGCGCUCGCUCACGCCGGCGUUCAAGUUCUCCAACUUCGACUUGGUGGCCUUGGACCCGGGCUUGCAGCGCGCAGCGGCGUUGCAGCUUUUCUCGGCGCUCGAUGUCUUCGGCUUCAUCCCCGAGCGCCGCGUCUCGCCAGAGCUUCUCACGGGAGAGGCGCUCUACGUGACGCCCGACAAGGCGUCGUCCGUGAAAAACACCCUCGGUUUCCAGGCCUUCUGCGACGCGUUGCGCACUCGGAAGCUAGCUGCGCUCUGCCGCUUCGUGCGCAAGCAGGAGAAGGAAGUGGAGGUGGGCGUGGCGUACGCGGUGCGGGUCAAAAGCUCCCUAGGCCACACCAGCUGCUUCGUCUUCGUGCGCUUGCCGUACCGCGAGGACGAGAAGAUCGGCCGCUUCCCCCUGCUUUCGGGCCCUGCAGAUGCGGCCGAGCCCCAGCCGCCCGCUGCGGCCCUGUUGAUGGACGCGUUCGUCAACGAGAAGACCUACGAGAGCGACCACGAGCUGUCCGAGGAGCUGGCGUCCCACGACGUGGCGCUCAUUGACAACUUCAAGGUCACCAUGAAGACCGGCGACAGCUCCAAAUUGCCGCGACCGCCCGUCCGCAAGGGCUACGACCCGUUCAUAUGCUCGUCACCCUCGGCCGCCAGGCACCAGGCACACAUGCGCCAGAUCCUCCUACGCUCUCUCGGCGCCGCCGACUGGGUGCGGCACUUCGACAACCCCCGCUUCGUGGCCGACAACUUGCGGGGCCUGGCCCUGUCCACCAACUUCUUCAACUUGCGCAACUGCCUAGCGGUGAACUCGCAAGCGCUGCGCCCCGACUGGCUCUUGGACUUGGCCCGCAAAUCACACGACUCCAGCAAACGGCUCGCCUCCGAGUUGGGCUGCACAUACGUGCGCAAGGCCGACUCGAAGAAGGCAAAGACCCAAGCCAGCGCGGCGCAUCUCCGCCAGAAAGGUAACUACGGCGCAGACGAAGGCGACUACGACGAAAUCCCGGAUUUUGGGUUCUGA